AUGGGUAAAAAUUCAGGUCCUGUGACGACCAAAGAGGACGCACGCGCAUUCAUCGAAGAGCUAGCGUGGCGCGGAGGGACCUUUACAGAUACAUUCAGGCGAGAAGCAGAAAAGGAGGCACGAAAUGGCCGCAAGUGCAUGCUGCAAAUGAUCGAAGCCACCGAGGAGAUUCGAGAAAACUUGGCAGGGACACUGAAAAUCAUAUCAACCGACCUGUACACGAGCCGCGCACGGUUCCUGAUGGAAGUCAUUCAGAAUGCCGACGACAACAAGUAUACCGAGGGCGAGACGCCAACAGUGUCCAUCACCGUCUUUCCCAAACAUGUCAAGAUUGAAUGCAACGAAGAGGGCUUCUCCAGAGAGAACAUUCAGGCGCUAUGUCGGACGGGCCGGAGUUCCAAAACACCUGGCCAAGGAUACACCGGCGAAAAGGGCAUCGGCUUCAAGUCCGUCUUUAAGCUCGCCAAUCGGGCACACAUACGCUCUCCCCCUUACUACUUUCAGCUGGAUCAGACGAGAGAGCUUGGCAUGAUUACGCCGCAGUGGGACGAAGACUUCUUUGACGACCACGAGGAAGAACAUCAGACGACCAUCGUCCUGGACCGCAUCUGCGACCAGUCGAUAGACUUUUCAACUGCGCUCGAAAAGGACGUUGACGCAAUCGACCCUGCCCUCAUUCUUUUCCUGCGGCGCAUAGGACGAUUCCAUCUCACGCUCUUUAAGUCCUCCUCAGAUGACGAACCGGCCAUCUCAAAACGCUUUCAGCGCGUCAACUGGACGCCCGAUUCUGGCAUCGUGUCGCUCAAGGACGAAGAUGCCAACACGAUGCGCCGCUUUUACAAACACAAACACCGAUUCACCAUUGAUUCUGACGGGACCGAACCCCGACGAGAAGGCAUUACAAAGACCGACAUUGUGCUGGCCUUUCCGGUGACGAAGAAAUCGGGCACGUAUAUGCCCUUGAUACGGAAACAGAACUUUGCCUUUGCAUAUCUGCCUCUUGGGGACUUUGGGUUCAAGUUUGUUAUUCAGGCAGAUUUCCUCACUACGUCGAAUCGGCAAUCAGUCGACGAAGACAACUAUUGGAACAAAAACAUUGCAGACGCGAUUCCGCACGCCUUUGAGGAAGCUAUCGACAACUUCAACUCCAAUGACGGGAACUCAGACUUAGACGAGCUAGGCAAAACGUGGCCGCUCUACCUCAAUCACAAUACUACCGGUAGUGGCCUGAGCGCGUACUGGCGCAGCAUAACAAAGACCAUAAAUAAGCACCUCAGCGGAGCGCUCGUCAUCAAGGACGGAACCGGCGAGGUCAAGAAGCCAAAACGUCUCAUAUUCUUGGACUGGGCGCACGAUCGCAAUGGUGAGCCGAUGUUUGGGCAUAUGUGGGACUACGUCUCCCCCGAUUAUCCUGACUCGGUCCGCGAGGCGCUCUUGUCGUUGGGCGUCACUACCCCUAACUGGGGGUGGGUGUGCGGCAAGCUCCAGAAGCUGCACGAUAAAAGCUUGCUUCACAUUAGGAUGCGAAGCAAGGAGUGGUGCUCGGAUCUUGCCAAGGUCAUUCUCGAGCCGCAGGAGCCCAGGGGCGACAAAAAAUAUGCAAGAGACCUGAGCAGGAUUCCUUUGAUCCCCUUGGCCGACGGCACCUGGCGGAGUCCCCCCUCUGAAGAUGAUCCAAUCUACUUUCCGGUGAGCUUGGGGACGUCCAUUCCGCCUGGACUGCCAUUAUCCCUGGUCGACGAAGAAGCUUGCGCUUGCCCCAAGAGGAGAGAGCUCUUUCGACUCCUUGGAGUAAAGAUCUGUGACGUCCCCAACGUCGUCGAGCGGAUCCUCGACUAUCACGUCAAACUUAACUCGGCAAAGGCUGUUCAUCUCAUCGCCCAGUUCAACUACCUCUACAAGAUGCGAGAGCACCUGCGGCCUGGCGACAUGAACAAGGUUUACUUUAAGUGUUCCGCCAGCAACCAUUCCCAAACGGGUACCUCGACAUAUGCUGAUAUUUCUGUUGAUGGCGAGCUGCAACAGCUUUUCUCCGGUUACAGCAAGGCACACUUUCUGGACUACCGCUACUUUGCAGAGCUUAAUCCUUUUGAAAGAGCCAAGCUCGCAGAAUGGUUGAGUGAGACAGCCAGCGUGGCGCUAGCCCCUCGCUUCAUCGCAACUGAUUCCUGUGGGCUCCACAGAGACUUCGAAUGGUUGUUGGCUAAUAAAAGCGACCAGGUCUUGGCUAUCUUGCGUCAGCACUGGAGUCUUUACAACAAGGACAUGACGAAGACGGCGAAAGGCACACUAGCACGCCAUGAAUUCAUGUGCAAGUCGGGAGAUCGAGCAGCUUUGCGCAAAACCUACAUCCCCUUUCCCAAACUUGUGGAAAAGACACAAGCGUUUGGUGAUGCCGACGACUGCCAUUUCCUAGCUUUGCCUAGCGGCGACCUGGAGGACUGGAAGUUUUUAUCCAGCUUGGGUGUCGGCCUGGAUGAGGGACUCGACUUUUAUUUGUGGGUACUCAACCAGUCGGGCUUCGAGGAGCACCUAGACGUCGACAAGUCAAAACAACUUUACCUAGCGAUCCAGUCGCAAGCUUUCUCGCCUGCUGAGAAAAAGAAGGUCAAGAAAGCGUUUGGUAAUGCUUUUGUCAAUCUUCUGAACGACGAGGGUGAGCGUCUGAAAAGCUGUGUCUGGCAUGGUCCCAAGGGCUUCUCGUCCAAGCCUGCCUUACAGCCAGUCUACGGCCAUGAACUAGAUCGGCUGUUUCGAGAGAUCUUGGAAGUCCCAAACGUGACCGGUGCCGAAGCUCGAGAAUAUCUUCAACAGCUUAGGGAUGAUAAAUCGACGACCAUGGCAGAUGUCACUGAAGUCUAUGUGUUUCUACAAAAACACUGCGCAGACACGUUCAGUGUCGAUGACCAAACCGCCUGCAUUGCCGUGCCGUCUUUAUCGGGAUCUCCCCUCGAGUGGAAAACGCCGGCUCACUGCGUGUGGGAUGACGACGAGUUUUCGCAGAAUGAGCUCGAGCUGGAGAGCAAGACCACCAUUCGUCGCACCAUAGAGCAUCAUGCGCCGACAGCAAAAGCCUUCUUCACCGACGUUCUCAAACUCCCAAAUGCUGGCAUCGACGAACUGCUUGCCGACUUGGCGUUGAUGCAAAAAAGGAAGCGCGACGAUCCGAAGCGAGUGCAUCGGCUCUAUGAGAGAAUUGAGAGCUGCCGUCGCAGACGGCCUAAACCCAUAACGCAUGUGAAAGCUUUCAAGAAGCACCCCCUCGUCUUUCUCCGUGGUAUCAACGACCAAAGCGGCCAGUGGUUGUCACUCAAGGACUGCAUCUGGACCCGGUCGGUUCUGCGGUCCAAGCAUGCCCUCAUGCCUUCGUUGAAUCAAUAUCGCGGUCUGUUCCGAGACACGUUGGGAGUGCCGAAUGCAACCAUGGGCAUGCUAAUCACUGACUUGCUGAAACCACUAAUGGACGCCCCCAUGGAAGACGAGGACGGAUACCAGUACGUAAAGGAGCUUCUGCAAGAGAUUGCCCGCCUGCGGCAGAACGAUGAGGAGCUAGAACGACUGGACGACGAAGAAUGCUGGCCGUGCUGCACGCCAACGUGCCCGCGUGAGCUUUGCUCGAUUGGAAAUUUCUACGUCAAUGACCGGCAGGAUUUGUUCGACAUCUUCGCCGACAGUCACACCUUCCUCGACUUUGAUUUUGACACUUCGAAAAAGGUUGCAGAUUUGCUUCGUAAUCGAGGCUGCAACUCGUUUCUGUCCGAGAACGUAUUUAUAGAGACGGAAUCUCGCGAACCGCUUGAACACGAUCAUGACCUCACGCAGGACUUUCGAGGUCGUGCAGAUGCACUUGUAAAAUAUUUUGAGCACGCUGAGUGCGAGUCACCUUACGAGCUUCGGCCGCUUCUUGAAAACCUCGAGGUUUGGAUGAGUGCAGACAUUAAGACGCACUAUACAUUGGAAGGCACUACUGUGACGAAGAGUGAGGGAGGUUCCAGUGUAAAAGUCAGCACUGGAGAAGACGAGAGUGACAAGCUGGAGAUUUACGUCUCGGCGAACAGGCACACGCGCGAUUGUGCGCUCAUAACAGACUUUCCAGGGCAGCUUGUAGCUGCACUGGAGCUUGAACCGGCCGAUCUCCUAGAUCUUCAUCCCCUCCUGCAAGUGCCACUCGCCUCGCUGAAGGCCUUGCUGGUCAGAAAAGGCAUCACUGGCGGGGACGCUGCAGACGAUUGCGAAGAGACUUUGGUGGCAGAUUCGGUCAACGAAGACUCGCAGAGCCGAAGUGAGGGCGGCUAUGAUGAUAAUGGUGACGACGCAUCGACGACGUCUGCCAGCAGUGUUCGCUCGUAUUCCGCAGGAUCGGCUAUCCUAGAGUCUACGCGUGCUUCGGCGAAGUCAAAGGCUGCAAACACAACUCUACGACCAUAUCUGGAUCAUCGACCUAGCUCUAGGCCGACCACGCCCGAGCCUCGGUCGCAGGAUCAUCUGAAUGGACCUUCUGACGAGAGCCCUCGCGAGCGGCCAGUCACACCCCGUCCCACGGCCGCUGGUCUUUACAGCACAGAUAACCGCAACCGGAACAGGGAGCGGCUUCAAGGCUUCGCCCGAAACGCGAACACUGCAUCCAGCUCUCGACUUGGGAGGUCAAGCGGGCAGUCUGGCGGCGGCGGUGGCGCUUUUGACAUGAGCACAUUGAGGGAGACCCUCGAGGCCGCUGAGCCUGCUUCCCUAUCGGCGCCGGUUCAGGUCAAUCCUAGCCCGCGCCGACGAGCAGGGCCGAUUCUGAGUCGUACCGAGGAGGAAAUGGCCCGGGACUUUGAAGUCGGCUUUCUGGGAGAACAGUUUGUAUACACCUUGCUACACGAUACGCUCGAGCUGCCCGACUUCACGGGCGAGGACAACUGGACCAGCUCGCUGCGUUCUCGUGCUGGCUUCUCGAACUUUGGCCGCGAAGUGUCGGAUUUUACCUAUGAGGACAGGCAGGGCGCCCUCACCCGGCACUUCCUGCAGAUGCAGUACCCGUACGCGACGCCAGAGUGGCUGUCCACGGCUUGCGACAAUGGUAAUAUGCCUCUGUACCGGCUAGAGGUCAAGAGCACAACGAGCCAAGAUCCUACUACUACCUUUUAUAUGAGUGGCCGUCAGUACGAGUUGGCAAAGAAGCUGCGCGUCACCUCGGUGACGCCGUCAGAGGUCUACGUCGUUCUGCGCAUCUCGGGCUUGGAUGCAUUGGAAGAUGGGGCGGAACACCGGCCGCAGUGGAGAGUGUAUUUGGAUCCAUACACUCGCGGCGAAGAGGGCGUACUGAACUUUGUUGCCCCCACGUAUGCCGUCACCGUUACUGCGUAG